AUGCCAUCUCUAAUUGAGCUUACUAAGAGUCUUAACACUGCAUUUACUUCUGGUGACUAUGAAAGCUGCCAGAAACUGUUAACUCCCUUGAGAAUUGAACUGAUAAAAGCCAGAUUACUCGUUCCCGAUUUUUCAAAGACAGAGACAAGUAAUGACUAUCUCAACGAUUUGAACGUUACCAAAAGAAUAUUAGAGAUAGGUGCUCUUUGCAACGUCAACAGAAGGGAUUUCGAGAGCUUUGAAAACUAUUUCUCACAGUUAAGGGUGUUCUAUUUUUCUCCUAAGUCUAGUCUAUCUGAAUCCGAAAACAAGUCAAAAUUGAUAAGUCUGUACUUACUAAUACUACUAUCGCAAGGAGAUGUCACAAAAUUCCAUUCAGAGCUCGAAUUCCUGGGCAAGCGGAUUCCAAAUUUAGAGGAGGAUGUGUUUCUCUCUUAUCCGAUAAAGGUCGAAAAGUGGCUGAUGGAAGGUUCUUACCAGCGGGCGUGGAAUCUUUUAAAGAAUGAGUCCAAGGUUCCAGAAUUCAACAUUUUCUCUGAAACUUUAAUGGAUGCCAUCAGAGAAGAAAUAGGUCACAAUACCGAGCUCGCUUACAAGAAACUGCCUUUAUUCAAUGUGAAAGCUCUCCUUUUCUUCAAAAGUGAAAAGGAUACUGAACAAUUUGCCCUUGAAAAGGGCUGGAGCGUUUCUUCGGGCUGCGUGUAUUUCACUAAAGAAGAACCAGCUGAAUAUGAACAACAAACAAGCAUUGUAGAGAAAACUUUAGAUUAUGCCAUCAGUUUAGAGAGUAUUAUAUAA